CAAAAAUAAGUUUGAAUUAUUUAAUAUAUUUUGAUUUAAAUUUCAAAACAGAUUUAAAUAGUUAAUAAAUUGCUUUAUUUAAUUUGAAAAGGAACAAUAAAAUCGGUGAUAAAGGAGCAUAAAAUAUUGGAUUAGGUUUGAGUAACUGCACUCAACUAAGAAAUUUAAUUUUUUGCUCAGAUAAUAAUGAGGAGUUUCUAAAAUCAAGAGAAAUUAUCAACUGUAAAAAUAUAAAGUUAUUGAAUAUAAA